AUGAUCGACACUUCAAAUGACAGCAUGGACAAGUCCGGCUUCAACACCGACAAGGUCCAGCCGGCCCCCGGCACAGAUUUCGACGACUACAAUGGGAAUCCCAAGGGGGAGUAUGAGCUCAAUAUCGGCGGUCGUGCGGCCUUGCAGCGACGUCUGCGUAACUACCAGGUUACCAUGAUUGGUUUCUGCAGUGGUAUCGGCACCGGAUUGUUUGUGGGAACUGGAGCUGCCUAUGCCAAAGCUGGCCCCGCUGGUUUGCUGCUCGCGUAUAUUAUUGUGGGAGGUGUUUUGUGGUGCGUCAUGCAGAGUAUCGCUGAACUCGCAACGCUUUUCCCGACUGCUGGAUCCUUUCCUCACUGGGCAACUCGAUUCGUUGACCCUGCUGUUGGUUUCUCCCUCGCUAUUUCAUACGGAUACUGUUACACAAUCGCCAUCGCCUCGGAAGUGUCAGCGGCCGCGGUUAUUGUUUCAUAUUGGACGGAUCUAACGCCUGCUGUGGUGAUUACUGUUGGAUUGGUGCUCAUUUUGGCUAUCAAUUUGAUGAGUGUGCGAUUCUAUGGUGAAACCGAAGUUUUUGGAGGUGCCGUCAAGGUUCUUUGCUUCCUUGGUUUGGUUGUUGUCUCCAUUGUCAUCACUGCAGGCGGCGGUCCUAAGGGCGAUGCCAUUGGAUUCCGCUACUGGAAUAACCCUGGGCCAUGGACGAACUACAACGGCAUCACCGGUCCGACAGGCCACUUCCUCGGUUUCCUGUCGUCAUUCGUCAACGCCUCGUUCAGCUUCAUUGGCGUCGAGACCGUCGUCAUCACCGCAUCCGAAUCCGUUGACCCUCACCGUGCUAUCCCCAAGGCCGCCCGCCGCGUGACCUACCGCAUUGCCUUCUUCUACAUCCUCGGAGCACUUCUCAUCGGCAUGAUCGUGGACCCAAGAUCCCCAGGCCUUGUCUCUGGCGACGACAACGCGAACAGCUCGCCCUUUGUGAUUGCCAUCACCAACGCCGGCAUCAAUGCACUGCCCUCCAUCGUGAAUGCAUGCAUUCUCAUCGCCGCCUGGUCUGCUGGCAACUCAUACUGCUGGGUCGGAUCCCGCAUGAUUGUCGCCAUGACUACAGAUAAGCAGCUGCCCCAGGUUUUCGGGCGCGUGAACAAGACCGGUGUGCCAUAUGUGGCUGUCAUUACCGCCUGGCUCUUUGGGCCGCUGGCGUACCUGAGUCUCGGUAGUGGUGGCGCAUCGCAGGCAUUUACCUGGCUUCUAAACCUGAGCACAGUUGCCGGUUUGAUCGCUUGGGCAACCCUUUGCUUCUGCUAUAUUCGUUUCUAUGCCGCAAUGAAGAAACAAAAUGUGAGCCGAGAUUCCCUUCCAUGGAAGGCACCUCUUCAACCUUAUGCCGCAUGGGUGGGCUUUAUCGGUUCCACUAUCAUUACUCUCGUUGCUGGUUUCCCCGUAUUUUUGAAGGGCAAUUGGGAUACAUCGAGCUUUGUGGCAUCGUACAUCGGUAUCCCCAUCUUCAUUGUUCCCAUCAUUUGCUGGAAGCUCUGGCAUCGCACUAAGUUUGAGCGUGCCGCCACUAUCGAUCUAUGGUCGGGCCGGCUUCUAGAAGGGGAGAUUCCGCAUGUGGAGAAACCUAGCAACGCGUGGACAAAGUUUACCGAUUGGCUCUUUUAA